AUGCUGAGCUUUACAAUCCUCUCUGUGCUUUGGCUCGCCGGACUCGCUCUUGGGGGGCAGGCUGAUCCUGCAAAACACGGCUGGAUUUUCGACAGUAUGAUGAAUGAACUGGAUUGCUACCACGUCUUGGAUCAAUUCAACGAAAGCGCUGAUGCAAAUCAAGUCAUCGAGCUGAAGUAUGAAGAGCCCAAAGAAAUGCUCUACAAAGGCUGCAGCAUCAUACUCAGCCAACUCGAUAUCGAGCCCUGGUACACGUACAUUAGCUUGAAGCAGAUCUUGCCCAGCCUAGCGAAAUAUCUUUACUACCAACCGAAUAUCAAAAAUGACUGGGAGGCGACAUUCAACAUCUCGGAAAACCAGUCGAAUAGCGAAUCAAAAAUAGCAUACGUCAAGAUCCUGAAGUAUUCCACCGAUGACCAAAACGAGGCCAAUACAUCUGCCAAUUCUGUCGACCCCGACGCAACUUGUUUCAACAUGACAGAAUUUCCACCACUCGUCCAGGCAGACUGUCAGGCAUCGUUUGAUUUAUGGACUACUGGAACCAAAGCCUUCUUUCCGAAUCACGAAAACAUGACAUGGGAGUCUGGUUUUCUUAGCUUCUCCAACGACAGCUCCACUUGCCAGUUUGUGAUGUAUAACAAUGACGAUUAUACUGCAUACGUGAGCCUGACCGACGUUACCGACCAAGUCCAGCAUCAAAUCAUUGACCCUUGCGUCUCUAACGGUUGGUAUGGAGGUUGGCAAAAGAAUAAUACGGGGCUGUAUCUGGACUUCAAGAACAGGGGCGUGCUGGCAUGGUUCCUACCCAAAGAGUUCUUUCCCGCUGUUAGAUGGACCUUUCCUGAGUGGUUAAAAGACCCGGCGGAUCCGUGGGAUUACCCGCCAUAUCUCGUGUUCAACAAGAGCAAGAGCCAAGUGUUCAACAAGAGCGAGAGCCAAGUGUUCAACAAGAGCGAGAGCCAAGUGUUCAACCAGAAUGAGAGCCAAGCAAUCUCUGAUUGA